AUGUUAAUUUUACCACAAGUAACCAACUCACCACAGUACGGGUUUCAUUCUUCUACUGCAGGAGGAGACAUUCUGUACAUCAACUUCGGAAAAGAUGAGAGCAUCAUCCAAAAAGUCCAUUCAAGUGACAACACCACCAUAUCUGAUGUUGCUAAGAUAAAGGAAUGGGAACCAAUUUGUAUUUAUUCAUCGAAACUUAACGGUGACAUUUUUGUUGGGGUGAAAAAAAUUGAACGCGCAAAAAUUAUACGCUUUAGUCAUGAUGGAGCUGUACUUUCAGAAAUAGAGAGAGAUAAAAAUGGAGAACCAAUUUUUCAUGACCCACGAUACAUUACAGGUGAUGCCGAUGGAAGUAUUUGGGUGACAGACUGGAACACAAAAAGAAUAGGUUAUGGAAAGAUAAUUAUCUUAGAUGAGAAUGGUGAAUAUUGCUUAUCUUAUCCUCAGCAGAAAAACGAAUGUUUCUACCCAGCUGGUAUAUCUUGCGUUGAGGAAGGUCCAGCUUUAGUCCUUGAAGGUGAAACUGGAAAAGUAAUGGUGUUGGAGAAACCUUCAGAUGCGACAACUCGAUAUCGUUCCCUUCAGGAAAACCCAGACCCUAAGUGCAUGCGGCUUAUGCGUUGGGAACACUCACUUGUAUGUUAG